AGCCGCUGACAGAAUAAGUGGGAGGUUCCCGGAAAAACUGCUAACCGGAAGGGAAGGCCAGACCUCAAGAAGCAGAAGGCAGCCGCUGCCGAUGAGGCCAGAAAAAGAAAAAAAAGUAAUUUCCAACAAGUGAGGCAUCAUCUUCCUCCAUAAGAACCAGCUGCAUGAGCUGAACUUACCUGGUCGGCUUCACCAUCCUCCUGCACUAAGCACGGCCCUUUAGUCACCCACACACCCUCUUCCCCUCCGCAGAGUUUAUUUUUCAGUUUUCGACAUUUCAACAUGGCAGGUCGAGGCGGACCAGCACGGACCAACGGCACCGCAGCGAGCAACAAGAUCUGUCAGUUUAAACUGGUGCUGCUGGGAGAGUCGGCAGUGGGGAAGUCCAGCCUGGUGCUGCGUUUUGUCAAAGGCCAGUUCCACGAGUACCAGGAGAGCACUAUUGGAGCUGCCUUCCUCACGCAGACGGUAUGUUUGGACGAUACAACAGUCAAGUUUGAGAUUUGGGACACUGCUGGACAAGAGCGAUAUCACAGCUUGGCACCAAUGUACUACAGAGGAGCUCAGGCUGCCAUUGUUGUCUUUGAUAUCACCAACACAGAUACAUUCACACGUGCAAAGAACUGGGUGAAAGAGCUGCAGCGACAAGCCAGUCCCAACAUCGUUAUCGCUCUGGCAGGAAACAAAGCUGACCUGGCCAGCAAGAGGGCUGUAGACUUCCAGGAAGCACAGGCGUACGCUGACGACAACAGUUUGCUCUUCAUGGAAACUUCAGCCAAAACGGCCAUGAAUGUCAAUGAGAUCUUUAUGGCUAUAGCCAAGAAGCUUCCGAAGAACGAGCCUCAGGGUGGAGCGGCCACUGGUGGACGAGCCAGAGGUGGCGUGGACCUGCAGGAGGCAGCGCCGCAGGGUCGAAGCGGCCAGUGCUGUGGGGGUGGGAACUAAACUAAAGCAUUGAGUCAGCUGACCCAACCAAUCUACAGCUUCGAUCAACCAGACCAGAAAUCAGCCAGCUGUCAAACAACAUCCUGCUGGUCAGUCCAGCUACCCUCACAACACCAGUUAACUGUUUGUCCAACGAGUCCACUGGCCAGUAAAGAGCCACAUGAUUCUGGCUGAUGACCCCCCCCCCCCCAAAUCGACCAAGAAAUCAACCCUAUAGGCCGAAUUACAGAAUCAUGUUUUUACCCCAGGACUUGUCGAUCCAUGACUUCUUUUUUGAUGAACAUUUGACGUCACCUUGGCGGGAAACAAAAAAAUAAUUCCCAUUUAUGGAAGGAGGAAAAAACCCACGUCAUUACCAACUGCACUUAAUAGGAUCGUCUUGUUCACUUCUGUGUUUGUGUAGAGGAAAAUAAAUUAACAGGAUGGAGUAAAAAAGGCUUUGUCUUUUCGCUGCUAGUCCUCGCUUUGACAGCGCACUAUUAAUGUCUCAUAUGUGUCAGAGCAAGGUUUCUGCAGCGUCCCUUUCUGACUGGGUCCUGAUCAGCUAGACGAGACUAGAGGUUUCCACCGGGAGAGCACCAGACGGACAGAUUUCUUUCCUUAUAGAGCUCUGUAGAUUGAUUAAUAUUGUUAUUGCUAUUAUUACUGUUUCUUUUGACACAAGCUGGUCAGUAUGAUUUUUUUAAAACCUUCACUCCAAAGGUUUUAGUCAUUCAUCUGUUAUCAGACCAUAUGCAGUAAAUUAAACUAACCCUUUCACCUGUAAUGUAAUUUUAGCAUUCAUGUAAUCUUUCUAGAGGAUCUGUGUAAAAAUGGCAAAAACAUAAAGCAAAGAUCUGUUUUCAUGACCAAAUCACAUCUUGUAUUUGUAACAGAAGUUUCAAGUUUAUAAUUCAUCUGUAGACAUUGUCAAAAGAAUCUUCCCAAUCUUUUCUUUUGUCAAUAAUUUUUUGUCUUAAUUAUUAUUUUUCUUUGCUCUGGAAAUGUAUGGUAUUAAAUGCACUGGUUCUGUCUCAA